AAAGCGUAGAAAUUAUACCUUAUAAAAAGAAUUGAUAGUACUAAUUGAUAAGUAUCAGAAAAAGUGAUAAAAUUGAAAUGGAGUGCAUUGAUAUAGCAGACGACUGCCGAGCGUGCCAAACAAAGAUUCAGGAAGAGUCUCAAAAGAUAUUCAUCUUCAACACUAUGAAGCUUCCGGACAUCUUCAAGGAAACCACAUCCCUGGACAUUUAUGAGAACGACGGACUACCCAAAGUACUAUGUCCGACCUGCUACGAUCGUCUCCUGGAAGCUUUCAACUUCAAGAAAAUGUGUUCCGCUGCCGUUCUGCACUUUCAAAGCAUGCUAUCAAUGGAUGAUUAUUCGGAAGAAAAGUAUAUCCUACCUGAAAAUCUUAUUUGUGAUAUUAAUUUAACAGAUACGAUACAGACGGAUAUAAAAAUAGAUCCAGAUUUAGAUUUAAAAGACGAUCAAAACCACCUUCCGGACAAAGACGAUUCCGUCAGUGAUAUAUCCGAUAAGAUAUCCAUAGAUGAGAAACUUCCGGAAAUACCUAAGAUAAACCCUGAUAAUGAUGCUCUCUUGAUCUCGAGAAACCUCAGAAAUACGCGUAACAGGGGUUCUAGUAAUGUAAGAAAGUCUACCAAAUUUGAAUGUGGUUCCUGUAAUUCAAAUCCCAACCAGAAGUCACACCUUAAAAUCCAGAUCAGGAAGAAACAUCCGGGAUCAAAAACUUUCGAAUGCAAAACCUGUGGGAAGAAAUUCCAAUCCACCUCAUCUUUGAGAAGACACCUUAAUACUUAUGAGGUUAAUAAAGGUCACGAAAGUCAGAAAGAUACAAAAGAGCACAUAUGUGUAGUUUGUGGGAUUGCCAAUGAAACCAGGCAUGAACUGAAGAGCCAUACUAAAACCCACAAGAAAGAUGACAAUUGGUUCUGCGUAUUUUGCUCCUACAAAUCAACUAGAUUUCUAUAUCUGAAGCAUCACAUUAAUGUACUUCAUAAGGGAAUAAAGGACUAUCAUUGUUCGCAGUGUGAAAAAUCCUUCACUACGGCUCCAAGUCUAAGAGAUCAUAUGUUGCGUCAUGCUGAUAUUAAGAAUCAUGUAUGCACAGUUUGUGGAGUCAAGAAGGUAACACGAACAGAAUUGAGGAAGCAUAUGAUUAUUCACUCGGAGAAGAUGUUGUCUUGCGAAUUUUGUCCCUUAAAAUUUCUUCGCGGUGAUAGCCUAAAGCAGCAUAUUAGGAUAGUUCAUCAGGAAAUUAAGGAGCACUACUGCACCAUAUGCAAUAAGACCUUUGCAAUUUCUAGAACCCUGAAGAAUCAUUUAAUGAUUCACACUGGAGAAAAGCCUCAUGCCUGCACAAAGUGUCCUAAAAGAUUUAUUAGAUUGGACCAACUGAAGUUGCAUAUGAAGUUACACACGGGGAAAGAUACCUUCUCCUGUGAAUCUUGUUCAUUCAAGACAAACUAUCUUCAUGAUCUGAAGAAUCACGUGAAUGUAGUUCAUGAAGGAGUGAAGGAUAAUUACUGUGACUCUUGUAAGAAAUCCUUUCCGACAGCCUCAUCUUUAAGAGACCAUUUAUUGACUCAUACUGGAGAAAAGCCACAUAAGUGCAGUGAAUGUGGGAAGAGAUUCUCAAAACGCUCAAAUUUGAUCAGACACUUGAAGACCAAUCCUCAUCUUAAAUCCAAAUCCGAAGGAAAGUAUCCAAAAAGUGAUAAAAGUAAAAUGGGGUGCAUUGAUAUAGCAGACGACUGCCGAGCGUGUCAAACAAAGACUCAGGAAGAGUCUCAAAAGAUAUUCAUCUUUAACACUGUUAAGCUUCCGGACAUCUUCAAAGAAACCACAUCCCUGGACAUUCACGAGAACGAUGGACUGCCUAAAGUACUAUGUUCGACUUGCUACGAUCGCCUCCUGGAAGCUUACAACUUUAAGAAAAUGUGUUCCGCUGCAGCUCUGCACUUCCAGAAAAUCCUGUCAAUGGGUGUUCCGGAGGUGACCGCACCUGAAGAUGUGACGGAUACAAUACUGAUGGAUAUAAAAACUGAGCCAGAUUCAGAUGUUUCGGACAGUGAUGAUGCUUCAUCUGACAUUUCCGAUCUGCUGUCUGUAGAUGAAAAGCUCUUGGAAGUAAUCAAACCAGAUCCUGAUGGUGAUGCUUUCUUGAUUUCACAAGUAAAGGAAGACGAUUAUUCUGGGACAAAGAAGGACCUUAUAAUUCCAGAAGAGCCUAUCAAGCUUGAGUGCGGUAUCUGCAAUUCAAGUUUCCACCAGAAAUCACGCCUUGAAAUGCACAUAAGGAAGAAGCAUCUGGGAUUGAAGCCUUGUGAAUGCAAAAUCUGUGGGAAGGAAUUCAAGUCUUCCUCAUCUUUGAACAAACACCUGAAUACUCAUGAAGUCACGGAAGGUUUUGCAGGUCAGGAAGAUACUAAUCGGCAUACAUGUGUAGUUUGUGGAGUUAAAAAUGAAACGGAGGAUCAGUUGAAGAGUCAUAUUUACACCCACAAGAAAGACAAUGAUUGGACUUGUAUAUUUUGUCCUUUCAAAACAGUCAAACGGUACAGUUUGCUGCGUCACGUUAAGGUAGUCCAUAAGGGAUUGAAGGAAUUUCACUGUUCACAGUGUGAUAGAUCCUUCACCACGGCUGUGAGUCUAAGGAAUCAUAUGAUGCGUCAUGAAGGUAUUAAGAAUCAUGUGUGCACAGUUUGCGGAGUUAAGAAGGUAACGCGAGCAAGUUUGCAGAACCACAUGAUUAUUCACGCAAAGGAUAAAAGGAUAUGGUCUUGUGAAUUAUGUCCUUUCAAAUUCAAUCGACGUGAAAACCUGAAUCAGCACGUAAAGAGAAUUCAUCAUGGCAUUAAGAAUCACCACUGCACCUUAUGCAAUAAAUCAUUUGGACAUCCCAGUGGUCUGAAGUAUCAUUUAAUGGUUCACACUGGAGAAAGACCCCAUGCCUGCAGCAAGUGUAAUAAAAGAUUUAUCAGAUUGGACAGACUGAAGAUGCAUAUGAAGCUUCACACGGGGGAAGACAUCUUAUCUUGUGAAUUUUGUUCAUUUAAGGCUUCUUGCAACUAUCAAAUUAGACGUCACGUUAGGACUGUUCAUGAGGGAGUCAAAGACUAUCACUGUGCCCAGUGUAAUAGAUCCUUUGUGACCACUACGUCUUUGAGACAUCAUCAAUUGACUCAUACAGGGGAGAAGCCACAUACCUGCAAUGAAUGUGGAAUGAAAUUCACAAUACUCUCCAACUUGAGGAGGCAUAUGAAGACUCAUCUUCAUUCCAAGUUCAAGUCCGAAACAAAAAUUAAAACAGAAGAAAAUUUGAAGUCAACUUUGGAACAGAGUGGAAAUCUGAACACAUAAUUUGAGGUCUUGGUUUUAAACUGAAUUUUACUUCACUGGUAAAAAUGAAUGGAUCACUAGGGAUCAUUUCAAAAGAAUCAUGGCCUAAAAGGUUCAUUUUCAUCAAAUCACUUGAAUUGAAUUGAUUCUUCUUUAAUGAAUCACUUCAGUAAAGUAAAGGAUCACAUUCAAUGAUACAUUGAAAGGUUCCUCGAAUCGAUCAUUUCAGAAAGAUCGAUGUUCAAGAAUAUUUUUCUGUCAAAUAAUUAAAGGAAAACAGCGAAAAUGAGUGUUUUUAGGUUUAAUAGGAAAAUAUAGUAAGGCAGAAUGUGACAUUUUUGAGAUAACUAUUUUCAAUCUUAAGGAUAUUACGCCAAGAAAUAUCGAAAAUAAUGGAUACUUUCAAAUGGAUCAAAUUUGUUUCAUUUCAAUUGGAUCAGUAUUGCGAUUAUUUUCCAUGAAUUUUCUUACUAAAUAAAACCAUUAAAACAGUAAAAAAUGUGUUGUAGUUGCUCAUAUAAGGGGAAUGUGUCUAAACUAAUAAAUUGAUAGCUUUAAAAUUUUAACCGUGAUAUUUCAGCGAUUGAAAAUUUGGUACGAUAUGUCAAAAGUGAUACAUUUGAAUGGAUCACUUGGAUAAUCACGCCACUUGUAGUGAUGUCAGUGACAGUAACUGAGACUCGCUGAGCUCAUAAAUAAACGGGGUGCUCUUGUCGUGGAAUUUGUACCCUUUUAGAUAUUCAGUGGCGCUUUUCUACAAAUUAUAAUGUUAUAGGUAUAAAAGGAUUAAGUUUGGAGACUUGUGAAAACGUAAAAAAAUUUCCAAAAGUGAGUAAAAAAAAAGUGAAAAAUAAAAUAAUCCACAGUUGCACGGAUUUGUACAAUUCUAAGUAAUUUUUUCGGUGUUCCACCCCCGGAAAGAGAUCUCUUGAAAGAGCGAACAUUCUGUUGAUUAAAUAGUGAAAAAAAAUCCUUAGAUUUUCAUUGUGUAAAAUGUGUUUUUUUUCUACGUUCUUGCUUCGGAAGAUUUAGAAGCGCAUAUAUCUGGAAAUAUUUCAUAGUUUUUUUUUAGGGAUUACCGACGAAUUUCUUGCGUCCUAAAUCUAUCAAAAAAAAAGAGAAUGUACAGAAUAUCGGUUGAAAAAAAUUCUUUUGAAAAAUGGUUAUGAUUUCCAUAAUUUCUAUUUAAACUAAAAAUAUACGUCAAUUUGAAUUAAAAUUCAUAAAUAAUUCAAAUUUGCCAAAUUAACUGAAAAUAUCAGUAACUUAAUAUUUAACAAAAAAAUCUCUUGUCAAAAAUGUAUUAACAAGUAAAAAAAAUUGAUGUAAUAACUGUAAAUGGUAAAAACAAAUAAGAAUAAAAAAAAUCAUUUGCAGGACAAUAAUAA